GCCACAGAGAGCUUCUGUUGCUGUGGUUGAAUGGAUGCUAGCAGUUAAUAGUGUUGGAAUGAGCCUGCCUCUUACCGUGCUAACCUGAAGCUCAAGGUUCCGGCCGCGGUCAGUGAGAUUCAGGGGAGGCUGUUUCCGUGCGACAAGAACAACACCCCAGCACUCGAGAGGAAGACAGAGCUGUGCAGAACUCUCUCUAAAAAUGGCAGAAGCCCAUCAAGCGGUAGCAUUUCAAUUUACAGUAACUCCAGAUGGGAUCGACCUGCGUAUGAGCCAUGAGGCACUCAAACAAAUAUACUUAUCUGGUGUCCAUUCAUGGAAGAAAAAGUUCAUCAGAUUCAAGAAUGGAAUUAUCACAGGCGUUUAUCCUGCUAGCCCAUCUAGCUGGCUUAUUGUAGUUGUGGGUGUGAUGUCUACAAUGUAUGCCAAAAUUGAUCCUUCUUUAGGAAUAAUAGCUAAAAUCAACCGAACCCUUGAUACAACAGGCUAUAUGUCAAACCAAACACAGAACAUUGUGAGUGGAAUACUUUUUGGCACGGGGCUUUGGGUGGCCCUUAUUGUCACAAUGCGCUACUCRCUAAAAAUGCUGCUUUCUUACCACGGCUGGAUUUUCGCUGAACACGGCAAACUUUCAUCAGGCACCAGAUUAUGGAUGGCACUUGUAAAAUUCUUCUCAGGACGUAAGCCCAUGUUAUACAGCUUCCAGACAUCUUUGCCAAGGCUGCCAGUUCCAUCUGUGAAAGACACUGUCAAUAGGUAUCUGGAAUCAGUUCGGCCACUUAUGAAUGAUGAAGAGUUCCGAAGAAUGGAGGGUCUUGCCAAAGACUUUGCGUAUAACUUGGGACCAAGACUUCAGUGGUACUUGAAGCUAAAAUCUUGGUGGGCCACAAACUAUGUUAGUGAUUGGUGGGAAGAAUAUAUCUACCUUAGAGGACGUGGACCAAUUAUGGUUAAUAGCAACUAUUUUGCAAUGGACUUCCUUUAUUUAGUUCCUACUACCCUGCAGGCAGCUCGAGCUGGUAAUGCUAUCCAUGCCAUCCUGCUCUACCGGAAGAAACUGGACAGACAAGAAUUGAAGCCAAUUCUUCUCCUGGGAUCUACUGUUCCACUCUGYUCAGCUCAGUGGGAGCGGAUGUUUAAUACCUCCCGAAUCCCAGGAGAGGAAACAGAUACUAUCCAGCAUGUGAAAGACAGCAAACACAUCGUAGUGUAUCAUAAAGGGCGUUACUUCAAAGUGUGCCUGUACCAUGAUGGUCGGCUGUUGAAACCCCGGGAGAUUGAACAGCAGAUGCAAAGAAUUCUUGAUGAUGUUUCAGAGCCUCAGCCUGGGGAGCUGAAGCUAGCAGCUCUUACUGCAGGAGAUAGAGUACCCUGGGCAAAGGCUCGGCAGACUUAUUUUAGCCGUGGAAAGAACAAACAGUCCCUAGAUGCUAUAGAAAAAGCAGCAUUUUUUGUAACGCUGGAUGACCUCGAGCGAGGAUACAGGGAAGAAGAUCCGCUGGCAUCGUUGGAUAUGUAUGCAAAGUCCCUCAUACAUGGCAGGUGUUACGACAGGUGGUUUGAUAAAACAUUCACUCUUAUUGUGUUCAAGAAUGGCAAAAUGGGCCUGAAUGCAGAACACUCUUGGGCAGAUGCUCCUAUUGUUGGUCAUCUUUGGGAGAGUGUAAUGUUAACAGAGCAUAUUGAACUGGGCUAUUCAGAAGACGGACAUUGCCGAGGAGAUACCAAUCAAAAUAUUCCUAUUCCUACCAAACUACAGUGGGAAAUUCCAGAAGAAUGUCAAGAGGUGAUUGAGAGGUCUCUGAGCACUGCAACAGCUCUGGCGGAUGACGUAGACUUCUGUUCGUUUUACUUCGAUGCCUUUGGGAAGGGACUAAUCAAGACAGCAAAAGUCAGCCCUGAUGCCUUUGUGCAACUUGCCUUGCAGCUUGCUCACUAUCGGGACAUGGGGAAAUUUUGUUUAACUUACGAGGCCUCUAUGACCCGCUUGUUCAGGGAGGGCAGGACUGAAACUGUUCGCUCRUGUACUGUUGAAUCCUGUAAUUUUGUUCGCGCCAUGGAAGAUCCAACUGAAACUAAUGAAAACAAGCUCAAGCUCUUGAGGGCUGCUACUACCAAACAUCAGCUUUUAUAUCGUCUUGCAAUGACUGGUGCUGGUAUUGAUCGUCAUCUGUUCUGCCUUUAUGUCGUGUCCAAAUACCUUGCUGUUGAUUCUCCUUUUCUUAAAGAAGUUUUGUCAGAGCCUUGGAGGCUGUCAACGAGCCAGACGCCACAGCAGCUUAUUAAUCUAAAGAAGAACCCUGAGAUGUUAUCCUGUGGUGGAGGGUUUGGGCCGGUGGCUGAUGAUGGUUAUGGUGUUUCUUACAUUAUCUUAGAUGAAAAUUCCAUCCACUUCCAUGUCUCCAGCAAAUUCUCAUGUUCUGAGACGGAUUCUCAUCGUUUUGGAAAAAACAUCCAAAAAGCUAUGAUUGACAUCAUGUCUUUAUUUGGCCCUACUAAAAACUGUACCAAGUGACUUGCCUUACCGGUGGGAAGUAGACUCUGUUAUUGGAAUGAGAACUUUUCUGAACAGUGCACGAGAGCAAGGUUUGUCAAGAAAUAGCUCGAAAAGAAACCGAGUCUCCAUCCCCUCAAUCACCUAUGAAAACCUUAGCAGUUGCUUGUAUUCCAUGAUUUUUCAAUAGUUUGGAAGAGUUUCUUUCCACAGAGGACCACUGUUGAAGUUUUGUAUAYUCCCAAGGGUUAAAGGAUAGCACCAUUGCAUGAAGGCAUGUAUAUUCAACUACUGCAGUUUUCUCCUAAGUUGUAUACAAUUAUUCUCUUUCUUUUGCUUAAAAUUGGAAUGUACUUUUAUUCCAUAAAUGAAGGAAUUAACCAUAUUGAGUCUUAACCUACUAAUCCUAGAAAAGGUUUGAUUUGAUAUGAAUUAAUAGCAGAACAUUCAUGUUUUAUGUCAAUGAGUGACAGAUUUGUUUAAUUUGACCAGUUUUGGAAAGGUAACUUAACAUACAGGAAAAAAACCUUCAUAUGACCCAGUGUAACCAAAUACUACUGUUUCUUUUGGGGGGGAAGUAUUUGCUAGAAUAGGUAGUAGAAUGUGUCACCUAAGUUAGCAGGUUUCACUCAUUCUAAUUUCUUACAAGCAUAUUUACCACAUUUUUUAAUUAUUUCUGUAUAAAUGGACCUGCAUGCUUGUUCAUACCGGUGCCUUAGCAAACAAAGAACCUAAACAAGGGAAAAUGUUAACACUGGGGGUUGGUUUAGCWUUAUUUUAGUGGUGGACAAGUGGAAGUAGUGCUGCAAAUUUAGUUUUCAAACUGUAACUUAGGUGGGUGUGACACAAGCAGACUGGGAUAUACUUCUGAAUGGUGCAUUUAGGUUUAAAGCUGUAAUGAAACACUCUUAUCUCGCAUGGCAGGAGAUGGGUCCCUAUGCAAAGCAGGAGUAACUUUGUUUCAGAGCCACAGACGCUCAAAGGCCUCCUUAGCCGGGUGGUAUCAGCUGUCAUCUGAGAUAAGAGCUCCAUGUUACGCACAGUUUCUGGGUCCUAGGAAUGUAAAUGCAAUUCAAUUCAAAGCUGCUGGAUAGCCCGCAGACACCGCACAAUCCAAGCUUGCUUCCUUGCAGCCUGGAGGGACCACUAGCACCCUGCCAAGCUUUUCUAUGAGAGAGGCUGCCYGUGAAGGCAAUGGGUGCAGCCCCAGAGCGGGGAAUCGCCACCCCCUCAAAGCCACCGCCGCAGGAGAGGGCCUUGAUGGCCGGAGCCAUGGCAUGGUUGCUGAAGGAUGCCGUGAGGAAGAGGUUUUCACUCAGGAAGUGGCAUAAUGUUUCCYGGGAAGUUUAAGAGCUUGCAGCUACUGUAAAAGCUGAAAUUGCUUUGCAUGUGGCUCUUCCUAAAGCUUUAUGGAUGUAGCUACUUUUUGGAUUGCACAGUGCUGUAAAGUGUACCUGUCAGAGCAACAAUGUUUUCUUUCAAGAAGAGRGUAUUCAGUACUACAGUGAAUGCUGCUGCAGAGCUGGGCUACCUUUAAAAGCCCCUCUGGCAGUUGAUAAUGACACUGCUUAGAUUUGGGGGUGUUCUGGCCUGUAUUUCUAACUUUUUGUGCCUCUUCACUUUUUUUUUUUCCACUCUGAUCUAGAUAUCAAAAUUCCCGCCUCAACUUUUGAGGUGGGAAACCUCAACAGAUGCAUACUUGAGGCAAUCCAUGCUUACAGGAAGGCAGGAAUCCCCCCAGAAAUUGGCCAAAGAUCCUCUUCAUUCGGUAGGCUAUGGUGUGCAGGCAAGGAGGUGUUGAAAUAAGACUUACUGCAGCUAAAUGCAGGCCUGGCAUUUAUCAAACUGC